UUUCACAUCCAAACUUUCUCGGCUUCACAAAAAAAUUCCGUCUGUUGAUAUUCCUGUUUUUGUCUUGGUUGUUGUAUUUGUUGAGAAGUCUCUUUUUUCUUGCAAUGGCGGAGGGUAAUGCACCAGAACAUCAGGAUCGCGGGCUCUUCGGUAUGUUUGGGAAGAAGAAAGAGGAGGAGACACAUCAGCAGCAUGGCACUGCCGUGGAUCCUCACGGGCAUGGAUACGUAGGCGAGGCUCACCCUGUGCCUGUGUCUCACGGCCACGUGGAAGGGGGCAAGCUCCAUGGCAAAGGUGAGGAAAAGAAACACGAAGGGGGCCACACGGGGAAGCCGCAUAGCUCUAAAAGCUCUUCUUCCAGUUCUUCUAGCGACGAGGAAGAAGAUGAAAAGGGGGAGAAGAAGAAGAAGAAGAAGGGUGGAUUGAAGGACAAGAAAAAGCUUCCCGGACACCAUGACAAGAAAGAGGAAGAAUACGGUCAUGGCGAACAUGGCGAAAAGAAGGGUUUGAUGGGUAAGAUCAAAGAAAAGCUUCCUGGACACAACAAAGAGGAAGAAAAGGGCCAUUGAGAGUUGUGUGUCGGGGCCGCAUGUAUGACGUUUAUCUUCUAAUUAUAAUAAAAAUGUAAUGGUUGGGGUUUUCUUGCAACUGCAAUGUUUUGUUCGGGCCCUCUGUUUCUCUCAGAGUAUUUACUUGAGGGGAGUUCAACCACCAGGGAAGUUGAAACUUCUGAGUAGUUUGGGCCCUCUGUUUUUCUCUGAGAGUAUUUACUUGAGGGGAGUUCAACCACCAGGGAAGUUGAAACUUCUGAGUAGUUUUAAUAAGGAAGAUAUCUGGGAGGUGCCUUUUAUACUUGCAGUUUUUAUUGUAUUAUAAAGCUUUGGGCUUGCAGUCUAUACUUUAUUGUAUUUGCAGGGUUUGCAACCAUUGUAAAUUGAUAAAAAAGUCGAAACUAAUUAUAAUAAAAGAUUCGCAAAUCUGAUGGAAAUCAUUUGCCAAA